AAUCAAACCGCUGCUUGGUCGUUAAGCCUCUGGCUGCCUUCUACACGGCCACACCCUAUAGAUCCCCAUCCCCAUCCCCGGACAGCCAAACCAAUUGCAACUCUCUCGCACUCUCCUCCUCCUCCGACGAAUCUCGAAUCACAAGCAGCGGAACCGAUCGAUGGAGGAGGCCUGCGAGAUCGCGCGCCUGCCGGAGGAGCUCGUCUCGGCGGCGCUGGCCCGCACGUCCCCGCGCGACGCCUGCCGGGCCGCGGCGGUGUCCCCGGCCUUCCGCGACGCGGCCGACUCCGACGCCGUCUGGGCCCGCUUCCUGCCCCCCGGCGGCCUCCCGCCGCUCGCCGACGGGGAGCUGGCCGGCCCCGCCCCGCCCUCCUCCAAGAAGGAGCUCUUCCUCCGCCUCUCAGCCGGCCCCGCCCUCCUCCAGGACAGGCUCGUGAGUAUGUGGCUGGACAGGGAGACCAGCGCCAAGUGCUACAUGCUGUCCGCCAGGAACCUCUUCAUCGUGUGGGGCGACACGCCGCAGUACUGGACCUGGAUCCCGCUCGACGACUCCAGGUUCUCUGAAGGUGCCCAACUCAUGCAUGUUUGCUGGUUCGAGAUCCGCGGGAAGAUACAUAGCAAGAUGCUCUCCCAGGACACAACCUAUGCCGCCUACAUGGUCUUCAGGACGACCGAUAAUUUCUACGGGCUGGAUUUUCCUGUCCAGGAGGCAUCGAUCAGCGCCGGAGCAACCAACACAACCCGCAAGGUUUGCCUCCAAGGUAAUGAUGACGACGACGGCAAGGGUGGGGUGCCCGAGAACUACCGGCCGAUGGUUCCCUUUCCGCGGCUAAGACUCAGGAGAAGGAACCGCCGCGUAGUAUCCCACGAAGAGAAUGUCACGCUCCCACAGCAAAGGGCCGACGGGUGGAUGGAGCUGGAGCUGGGGGAGUUCCUCAACGAGGGGGCCGACGACGGCGAGGUGUCCAUCAGCCUGAUGGAGACCAAAGGCGGGAACUGGAAGAGCGGCCUCAUCGUGCAGGGCAUCGAGAUCAGACGGAAGAAAUCGGGCUGAGUGAGGAGCCCCUGGGAUUCGACUCGCCCGGGUCGAUGUAAAUGAAUAAGGGAAAACAUAUCAUCUGUAGUGUGUGGUUUUGAACACUUCUCCUUUUGCUGCUAAAGCAUACUAUGUGUACAAACUAUGCUACCUACUAUGACUGAUGAGUUACGGGUUAAGCAGAUUUGCGUCUGGCUAUGUGA